UUCUGAAGUAUUACUACAGUACUUACUAACGUCACACACUUCCUUAUUGUGUUUCGCGGCUCUUGGUGAACUCUUAUUCGGUGGUAGAAAUACCACACCUGGGGUAGGGGGCGCAAUAUGCCCGUGUGAUGUAGUACUCCGCGUGAGUGUAAGUUACAUACAGUUGUGAGGACAUAAUUUAAAUACUACUGUUUUAGGGGGCCACUUGGACCUUUUGGGGACAUUUUUUUGAGAACCUCACAGCUGAGUGAGAGGAUGUUUUAAUUCAGGUUCAGGAUUUAGUCUGAAGUUAGAACUAGAAACAGUCAGAUUAGAUUAGGAUUAGACGUAGAUUCGUUUAUAAUAAUAAUAAUUGGGGUAAGGGGCUAGGAAAUGUACUAGGUCAAUGUGAAGAGCUCACAAAAAAAGAAAAAAGAAAACCGCGUGUGUGUGUGUCAUAUGCGCAGACGUCAUCUACGUACCUCCCUCUCCGUUAUCCCCCCGAUGACUCCCCUCUUUUACUCCUCCCUUCGUUCGCCUGUUCCUUCACUCGGCUGUCCUGCGGGCCAGAUCUCCACCUCUGCCCGGCCACACACUCACAGAGAACCCGCAGACUCCCGGUCAACCAGGAGGGGGGACAGAUUACACUGCAACACAUCGCGAGAGACAAGUCUGGACGUUUUGUUUUGAGGGUUUUUUUUUUAUUUUAUUUUUUUAUUUUUCCCGUGAGAACAUUUUCACUCGCGCUUUUGUAACUUUUCUGGGCGUUUCUCGUCCCACAAAUCUUUGCCCAAGCCGCGGGGGAAAAAACAACUUUGAAGACAAGGGGAAAAUGAUGAUAUCAGGCCGGAUAUCAGGACACUGGAGCUGCUGAUAAAAAAAACAAACUGCGCCUUUCUGAGCUGUAGCAGCGGGCUGGGCACACUCCUCUGAACCGUUAGUUCCAGGCUGCUGAGGUGGGACGAGGACGAGGACCGGACCGUGGAGGAGGAGGAGGAGGUUUAAAAACUUACAUCCACGUUAAAGAUUCUCCCUAAACUUGACUACGACGGGGAAAGACACCAAAAGAUGCUGACACAGCUCAGUGAGUGGUUCUGGCAGGAGCAGCUGUGGUUCCCUGAGGGUCUGGGCUGGGCCGACCUGGAGGACCGGGAUGGACGGGUGUACGCCAAAGCCAGCGAUUUGUGGGUGGCGUUACCGAUUGCCAUCUUGUUCCUCAUCAUCCGUCAGAUCUUCGAGAGGACGGUGGCUACACCUCUGGCCUCACUACUGGGGGUGAAGGAGACGGUACGACUCAAAGCCCCUCACAACCCAACACUGGAGUCCUACUACUGUAAAACCACCAAGAACCCCACACAGACUUCCAUACUGAGUCUCAGCAAGCAGACGGGCUGCUCUGAGCGACAGGUGCAGCGCUGGUUCAGACGACGGAGGAACCAGGACAGACCAAGUUUGCUCAAAAAAUUUCGAGAAGCCAGUUGGAGAUUUACCUUUUACCUUCUUGCUUUCAUUGCUGGCCUGGCCGCCCUCAUUGAUAAACCCUGGCUGUACGACCUGAAGGAGAUGUGGCAGGGCUUCCCUGUGCUGACUCUGCUGCCGUCACAGUACUGGUACUACAUGAUAGAGCUGGGGUUCUACAGCUCUCUGCUCUUCAGCGUGGCCUCGGACGUGAAGCGUAAAGACUUCAAGGAGCAGAUCGUCCACCACGUGGCCACCAUCCUCCUCAUCAGCUUCUCCUGGUGUGUGAACUACAUCCGUGCUGGAACUCUCAUCAUGCUCGUGCACGACUCCUCCGAUUACUUUCUGGAGUCUGCAAAGAUGUUCAACUAUGCUGGGUGGCGUAACGCCUGUAACUACAUCUUCAUCGUAUUUGCUGCAGUCUUCAUCGUCACUCGUCUCUUCAUCUUUCCAUUCCGUAUCAUCUACUGCACCUGGGUGUAUCCAGUCACCGUCUACAGGCCCUUUUUUGGCUACUACUUCUUCAACGGACUCCUGAUGACGCUGCAGUGUCUGCACAUCUUCUGGGCGGUCCUCAUCCUGCGUAUAGCAAUCCGCUUCCUCACCAACAAUGAAAAGGUGGACGACGAGAGGAGCGACAAGGAUGAAACGGAUGAAUCAGAAGACGAGGAGGAGGAAGAGAAGAAGAAGAUGGACGGUAAAGUGGUGAAAAAUGGACCGUUGCUGAACGGUUACGCGGUCCACAACAACAACCACAGGAAGACAGAAUGAACACGUCCGUAACGAAGGACAGUGACAAGGACUCCCAACAGUAUCCUGCUGUUUGGGGAGCGGAGGGGACAGACGGGUGAUCGGGAGGUACGGAGGGGGAAAGUCAUUCCCAACAA